GCUGAUUCACCAUAGCCAGUGAGGACUAGAGCUGUGUAGUUGACGGUUCCUGGUGGGCCUUGCGGCGAUCAAGUGGUCAUCCAUUCCAGAUUUCUUCGCUCCUGAUUCAGAGUCAGUAUGGGGGCUGGGGCGAGCGCAGAGGAGAAGCACUCCAGGGAGCUGGAGAAGAAGCUGAAGGAGGACGCCGACAAGGAUGCCAGGACCGUCAAACUGCUGCUACUGGGUGCUGGUGAGUCAGGAAAGAGCACUAUCGUCAAACAGAUGAAAAUUAUCCACAAAGAUGGUUAUUCCCUAGAAGAGUGCUUGGAGUUCAUUACCAUCAUCUACAGCAACACCUUGCAGUCGAUUAUGGCAAUUGUGAAGGCUAUGACUACGCUCAGCAUUGGCUACGGAGACCCCGCCCAGCAGGACAAUGCCAGAAAGCUGAUGCACUUGGCUGACACUAUUGAGGAGGGCACCAUGCCGAAAGAGCUGUCUGACAUCAUUCUGCAGCUGUGGAAAGACACUGGCAUCCAAGCGUGCUUCGAAAGAGCCUCGGAAUAUCAGCUCAAUGACUCCGCUGGAUACUAUCUGAAUGACUUGGCGCGGUUGGUCCAGCCUGGCUACGUCCCCACUGAGCAGGACGUGCUGCGUUCUCGAGUGAAGACCACUGGUAUCAUCGAGACCCAAUUCUCCUUCAAAGAUCUCAACUUCAGGAUGUUCGACGUGGGCGGUCAGCGCUCAGAGAGGAAGAAGUGGAUCCACUGCUUCGAAGGCGUCACCUGUAUCAUCUUCAUUGCUGCUCUGAGUGCUUACGACAUGGUGCUGGUGGAGGAUGAUGAAGUGAACCGAAUGCACGAGAGUCUCCACCUGUUCAACAGCAUCUGCAACCACCGCUACUUUGCCACCACCUCCAUUGUACUCUUCCUCAACAAGAAGGAUGUGUUCCUCGAGAAGAUCAAGAAGGCCCACCUGAGCAUGUGCUUCCCUGAUUAUGAUGGUCCCAACACCUAUGAGGACGCUGGCAACUACAUCAAGGUGCAGUUCCUGGAUCUCAACAUGCGGCGAGACGUCAAAGAAAUCUACUCGCACAUGACCUGCGCCACGGACACAGAGAACGUCAAGUUCGUGUUCGACGCCGUGACAGACAUUAUCAUCAAAGAAAACCUCAAGGACUGCGGCCUCUUCUAAACACGUCCGCGCGUGAGAAGAGGCUUGGAGGAACGCAUUGAAACUCUGCACCUCUACUAAAUUCCUAAUUUCUCCAACUCACGUUUUAUCAAUCGCAUACCAAACAUAUUCACACUCAAUUUGGAUUCCAACAAUAUGAAGGUACAGACACUGUAAUGCAGCAUCUAUAAAAACAUGACUGAGUCUGAGAAGAGGAACAGAUCUAGACUGUUGCUAUUCCAUUUCCUAUAGCACAUACUAGAUGCUGCACAGUCACAUGUGCCCAGUAGUGGUGGAAUGUAGUCGUAGCAGCAUUUCAUCAGCUGUUCACAAAGGCAGAACGGGUCAGAUGGAGUACGAGUUUCUCCCAGGUGAACAGGAGUUCAGGCUGCGUGGGUAGGUGUUCGGCUAUUUUAGCUUCUCGCAGUGGUCUAUCCCUUAGUCUCCAGACUUUGGUACAUGAUAUAGCUGCUCAGAAAAACGGCCGGCUUUCAAAACCCACCUGCAUAUGCACUUCAGCAGAUAUAAAGCAAGUGUACUGUACGGUGAACUGUGAGAGCUGUAUGUCUGUAGCAGUUAUAGACUGCGUAGUUCAUCCAUACUUCAUACUUAAGCUUGUGUUAAUGGGAAGAAUCAAUCAAGUUCAUCAGGAGGAAAGGAGAUAGAUUUUUCCUUCAGUUUAAGCUCAACUGACUAGACUCUCACAUUAAGAUAAGACUUUAAUUAAAACAUACACAGUACUACAUCCUGAAGAUGCUUUGCUCACGGAGAGCUAUGUCCUACUAAAGUGUAGAAAGGCUGAGUGUGACUGAAUAUGUGCUGGAUCUCCAGAGUGCCCACAUGGCUGGGUCAUCAAUUCAAUGUUAAUUGAAACAAUCAUUUUUGGCAAUCUUGUGAAUGUACGAAUGAACGAAUAAAGCUUCCGCAGACAUGUAAAGCA